AUUGUUUGAUGAUAACGACGUACAUAUGUUGUUUAGGACCAAACAAUUACGACUGGGUAGUAUCAGGACUUGACCGAGAUGACGCGGACGAUGGCAGUCUUUAUUUGUUUUUUAUUAACCCAGAUAUUGGUGGUAUUAGAAACAGAAGCUUGGCUGAACAAUCCUGGCAAAAUUAGGUGUCAAAGUUUUUCGGGACCCGCAUUACGGACCGUCUCUCAAAGUUGGAGUCAACCGCCAUUUCUCAAUUUCAAAUCAUUUCUAAAUGCUUAUAACAACGAACCUCCAUUGAAACCGUGCAUUGGUGCAAUAUAUAUACCAGAGCCAUUUCAAGUAACCGAGAAAUCAUCAGUAAUUCUACACAAACAAUGUGGAGGACACGCCGACACGGAUGAUGAUGAAGAAGACACAGAGCAUAACUUUUAUUAUAACCCAUUAGAAUCAUCUGAAGAAUAUUCAUCAAAUGAAUGUGAAGUCAAUUAUAAAGAAAUUACUUUUAGAGAAGAUACUUGUGAAGAGGAAGAUAAUUCUGACGAGGAUGAAGAUGAUACAGUAAAUGAUGAAGAAGAAAUUAACGAAGAAAUAACACAAAAUUAUUCAAUCCCAGAUGAUUGUGAUCAUCUUAUCGUAACUUUACUGUUAUAGCGAAUUCAUAUUAUCAAACACCUCUGUACAUUAAUUACUUUCAGCGAUAAACUAUUAAAUAUU